AUGGAUGAUGAAACUGAGUCUCCAGAGCAUAAAGAGGAGCAUGGGCUAGGGCUACAUACUGUUGAUAUAGUGAUAGGCUGGGAACUCAGUUUCUGUCCACUUCGAGCUUCUAAGAGAAGCAAGAGAAAUGUAAAUGAUUUGCAGACAACAGAAGAAGGUGUUUGUAAGAAUGAUGACAGCAGCACUGACCAUGUGUAUUCAACAUCUGAAAAGGAAAAGGAGGAUAAGGUUCAGGGAGGGACAGAGAAUGUGAAGAACAACAAGGCAACUAAAAGAAAUAAACUUCCUCUGAGCAAAACUAAGAAAGAUAUUGGUCUUUCUAAUUCUGUCAAACAAGUAACCGAAACAAAAACUGUUAACAAGAAGGGUAAACCAAGUUCCAGAGCGUGUGAUUUUGAAGUACAGAAGGAAAAUAUGCAAAUUCCUAUUGAAAAUAAAAACAAACAAAAAUCUGAGAAGAUUACCCCCAAAUCUGGAAGUUGGAUUCUCAAGACUGAUUACUUAUCUGCAAGUAAUGAGGCAGGAAGAUUCCUAACAGAGGAACCUUGCGAAUGGCACAAGAAUGGCCUAAGUGAAGAUGGUCAGAUUAACUUGGAAGCUCCAAGGAAGUGGCGCCUUUUGAAGGAAAAAACCGGACAUGGUGCUUUUUUAUGGAAUGUGGAUUGUCAUAUAUGGGGAAUGCAUUCCACCCACUUUGAAUAUGAAGAUUCCAAACCUAAAACCAAAUCUUGGAUCGAUAACAAGACAGAAGAAGAACUCGAAGAUUUAAAAGAUGAUCUGGAUGAAAAUCGUUUCCUCGAAGAAUACAGGAGAAAGAGGUUAGCAGAGAUGAAGCAAACAGUGAAAGGUGCAAAGUUUCGGUCAGAUAUUCCCAUUUCAGGAUCCGAUUUUGUGCGUGAGGUAUCACAAGCUCCAUCUGAUGUGUGGGUGGUUGUUAUUCUAUAUAAAGAUGGGAGAUGCACUCCAGAAGGUGUUGUUAUGAUUUUAUGCCAAUCAUAUGUUGUUCUUAAUGAUGGACUCAAUGGUGAAGCUUCUAGAGAAGCUGUUCUUGAAGGAGUGAGGAAAAGAUUUAUAGAGAAAGUGGUUACAUUGCAUGAAAAUGAUGAUGAUGGGUCUUCAAGUGAUUAA